AAACAUCCCAUGAGCUUCCAUAACUCAUCGACAACGCCUCUGUCCCAUCACGGCUUCCCCCGUCCUACCAACAAUCACGAUACCAUUUCUGUAGAUUAAUUCACCAUGGCCAGCGAGUUGGGUCCUGUGCGCGAGCCGCCACCGGAGAUGAAAUCGAUCAAGCAUGUUGAUCCGGUUAUUGCUUAUUACUGCUACUUCUGGUCCGUCAAGCAGGUCCUCGCAAAUCGUUUACACCAGACUAGUGCCGCGUGUACGACAUGGACAGCUGAUUUAAUGGACGAACUGGAGAGGCGCAAGGAAGAGUUGAAGGAUAAGGAUAUUAUUGGCGAUGAUGUAGCGGCACAGGCGUACGUAGAGAACUUUGCGUUAAAGAUAUUCGAGAACGGGGCGGGAGUUGUUGCUGCUGGGAAGGCUACUAGUACGACAGCGGAUACGCUGUUAGCGGCGGUAUGCUUUCUAGAGCUUGUCAGGAUCUUUGCGGAACCGGAAGCCGAGAUUCAACAAAAGAUCAGAUUUGCCAAGUUCCAUGCCGCACGGAUUUUGAAAGCUAUCAACCUUGGCCAGGAUCCCAACCCGAGCACGCCUGAACCGAUGGGAGCCCCGGAAGCCCACACUUCAUUUCCUCCACCUCCAACGGUUGAGGACGAAGUCCCAUCAUUGCUGCCCCCUUCUGCACCGACUCCUGUAGUUUCUCUCCCGACCCCACAAGAACCUGGACAAGCGCCUUCGCCACGACCAGGGGAGCAGGGACCCGAGCCAUUCCACCACUCUGAAUCCCCGUCAAUCCUCACUCCUCCCCCUCCGGCACGUCCAAUGUCUCAGGCCCCAUCACCCGCGUUGCCGCAGAUACACAUGUCUGAUAUUUCCAGCGAAUUCUUUCCACAGGUACCCAUUGUCCACGAGCCUAGCGCACCAAGUCUCUCCCCAUCAACAAUGAGUGCUGCGAAUACCGGAUUCCCAGAAAUGCAUUCCCAGCACUCACUAAACAUUCAUUAUCCACCUGCACCCGACGCAGCGCCCCCGGCAGCGCCCCAAGGAUACAACUACAAUAUCAACCAACCCGCAAGUUACUACUCUCAACCACCAGUCCCAGCCCAGCAGUUACCGACUCCAACACCGCCCCGACCAGUCAUGAAAAAACAUGAGCCGACUGAAGAGGAUAUCCUCCGGGCUCAGAAGCACGCGAGAUGGGCGAUUAGUGCACUGGAUUACGAGGAUAUUGAGACAGCAAUAAAGGAAUUCCGACUAGGGCUCGAGCGACUAGGUGCACUAUGAUUUGUAACUUGGUGAGGCUUGUUAGCGAAGUUUUUAUGCACCUCGCAUUUCGUUUUUCAUCAAAUACUCUUGGUUCCGGUGUGGAAAGAUUUGUAUUGCCUGCGUGGGCUCUAUUUUGGUGGAAGAGGGUAGAUGGGAGGCUGACGGCGGGAGUGGGGUUGCGCUGGGUUUUUCACGGAUGAUAGACCGUAGCCCGCUGAUAUGAAUUGUACGUACUUUUCGCGAUUGCUGUCGGUGUUCCGGAGAGUGUGUUAUCCUCCUGGUGUGUUUCUUGUCAUGUGUCGUCGGAGUGGAAGAAAUCAGUAGUCAUGGGAUCUCACUCGGGAGGAAUGUAGGUUUCGGGAGGCAAGGUAGUAUAGCAUACAAUACAAUAAGAUACAAUACGAA